AUGGCCUCAACCUCCAACGCACGCAUGCAACUGUUGACGCCUUCAGACUUACGGCUCGACUCUCGGCUCCCUCUCGAACUGCGCUCGCUCUCGUUCGAGAUCCUCCCCUCGCCGCCGACGGUCCCGUCGACGUCCUACGCCCUCUCGGCUCCUUCGAACCCCGACGGAUACGCGCUCGUUUCCCACGGCCUGACCACCGUCUCUUCCUCCGUUCUGGGCCCCCGCGAACCGAGUCGAUCGGGCCCGUUCUCUGGUUCUGGAGGAGGUGCAGGAGCAGGAGCAGGCGGAUCGGCGGCAGGCACGGCGAGCGGCCCGACGCAUGGGAACGGCGCUAGGAGUGGGGACAAAGCGAGGGUCAACGUAGAGGUUGGAGUGGCCGCUUGGACGGAGAGACUGGGGAGGAAGGCCAGGACGGAGGAACAUCCCAGUGGGAUCAGGGCCAAUGCCAAGGAUAGGUCAGUGCAUUGGAAUCGUGCAUCUUCUUCCAUGUCUUUGCAAUGUGGCACGACCGCACAACCAGGCCAAGAGCUGACUAGGACCCCUAUCCCUAUCUCCUCCAGACGAACCGUCGAGUUGGCCGCUUCCCUGAAGGCCACAUUCGAACCCGUGCUCCUACUCCACCUCUACCCACGGUCUUCGAUCGACAUUUACAUUCAAGUGCUCGAAGUCGAUGGAGGUGCGAUUCCAACCAAGUUUCAUCUUUGAAACCACCGCUAACUUUCUCCCACCAUUUUCCAUCUCUCCCCCUCGACAGCCCUCUUACAAGCCGCCAUCAACGCCACAACCUUGGCCCUCAUCGCCGCCGGCCUGCCCCUAACCGACUACAUCUGUUCCCUCUCCCUCGCCUCCUACCCCUCCAUAUCCCCCCUCGCCCCUCCCCAGAUCCCCCCCUUCGAGCUCACCUCCCCGCCCGUACAUCAUUCCAACGACCCCAAACGCUCCAGAGGAUCAGGCUCCACGACCUUGUUGGAUCUGACCCAGGCGGAAGAACAGGCUUUACCGAAUUUGACGGUGGCGGUCUUGCCGAGGAGUGGCAAGGUUACGCUCGUUGGGUUGGAGAGUAGGCUCGGAGUGGGCAGGUUCGAGGAGAUGCUGAGGUGGGGGGUCGAGGGCGCCAAGGUUGUGCAGGGGGCUAUGGAGGAGGUGAGUUGCUUGGCAUCGUUGGGAUAUGAACGACAAGAGAGAGAGACUGACUUUGGUCCUCGCGAUUCUAUGCCCGUCUCUACAGGCCGUUAGUACAUGGGCGGCCAACCUCGCUAAACCGAGUCGAAGCCUCAAGCACCUCUUCCCUGGGAUGAACAAAGGUAGCGCCGAGGGGGAGGAUGAAAUGUCAGAGUAG